GCACAAAACCAGCCCUUCCAUCAUAGUAGACCUUCAGGUUGGCUUGCCUGCUGUUGUUCAUACCACAAUGGUCAGAAUAAGGCAAGGCUUGGUCAAGUUGCCUUGCCUUUACAGUGGAGGACAUUUAUGACUUCAGCAGAUCUUUUUGACAUUGUACAGUACAAACUGUCAGAUAUUGGUGAGGGCAUUCGAGAGGUCAUUAUUGUUGAAUGGUAUGUGAAACCUGGUGACAAAGUGAACCAGUUUGACAGUGUUUGUGAGGUGAAGAGUGACAAAGCCUCGGUGACUAUCACAAGUCGGUAUGAUGGCUUCGUCAGGAAGUUGUAUCAUGAAGUUGAUGCAGUGGCGUUGGUUGGCCAGCCAUUGUUGGAUAUUGAAAUUGAAGAAUCUGCAGAAUCAGAGAAGCAAGAAGAUGUAAGAGAAAUUGAUGGAGGCUCAGUAUCCAAAGAUGAAGAGGACAAAAAAUCAUUAGCAACACCAGCUGUCAGAAGACUUGCCAUAGAAAAUAAGAUAUCCCUGUCUGAUGUUAUUGGUACGGGAAAAGAUGGCAGAGUCCUCAAAGAAGAUGUUAUUCGAUACUUAGAAAGCAAACAAGUUGCUCAGUUUGAAAAGUCUUCUGCUUCAAAAGAUGUGCCUUCUUCACAGUCUACUUCCAUACCUCAGACUCCUCUGGGAAAAAGCAUUCCUACGUCUGCUGCCAAAGUUGAAUUUCCAGCACAGCCUGUUUCGUCGCCUGCUCAAGUGGGUGAAGACAGAACAGUCCCACUGAAAGGUGUAAACAAAGCUAUGUUCAAGAUCAUGUCCGAGGCUCUUAAGAUUCCACCAUUUGGAUAUUACGAUGAAGUGGAUGUGUCUCAACUUGUUGACAUGAGGAAAAGGUUAAAAGUUAUAGCACAGCAACGAGGGAUCCAGCUGACAUACAUGCCUAUAUUUAUUAAGGCUGUCUCCCUAUCCUUACUGCAGUAUCCUAUACUGAACUCCAGCCUAGAUGCCGCAAGUGAACAUAUUACUUACAAGGCCUCUCACAACAUUGGUGUUGCCAUGGAUACACCAGAGGGCUUGCUUGUUCCUAGUAUCAAGAAUGUUCAGAGCCUGAGUAUAUUUGAGAUUGCAGCAGAACUGAACAGGCUGCAGAGUUUAGGUCUUGCUGGUAAACUGGGAACUGCAGAACUGUCUGGGACCACUUUCAGUUUGUCAAACAUUGGGGCUAUUGGCGGCACCUAUGCAAGACCAAUAAUUAUGCCUCCUAAUGUUGCUAUUGGUGCCAUUGGGAAAAUUCAGAUUCUGCCUCGCUUUGCUGCACAAGGAGCAAUCAAAGAAGCCCACAUCAUGAACAUCAGCUGGUCAGCAGACCACCGCGUGAUAGACGGUGCCACAAUGGCAAGGUUCUCCAACUUGUGGAAGCAAUACCUGGAGGAGCCCACAACGUUUUUGCUCAACCUCAAGUGA